AUGUGUUGUGGCUCAGCCGAUUGGAAGAGAGAGGAGGUACCUGACCACAAGUUCGACUUCAUCGACGUACGCGACUACCACAAUACUGGCCUAUGGACCCGAACCCGCUACGGCUUCCUCUUUGUACUGGUCAUAAAGUCCAUUGCCGUCUACAUUGCCGACAUCUACACUGCCGUUACCCUCCUCGCUUUCAACAAGUUCAAUGGAAGCAUCUACACCGAGGUAGAGAAUAACCCGGACAAUACAGUCGCUGUGCCCAUCAAGUACGGCAAAUGGAUCUUCUUUGGAUGUAUCCUCUUCUCCUUUCUCCUCUUGGCCUACGAAGCGCACAAGAGUCGAGCCAUUAUUCGUAGUAGAGAUAUCAGCUAUGCCUAUACCAAUGUCAUGGCCAACAACUAUUACUCUUUACGAUCCUAUGAUCACUUUUGCUUCUUUUCACAAAUCAACAAUUCUACAAAGAAAAAGGAUGAAAUUGCAUUCUUCAUCUUCUUUACCUUCAAGGGUUGGAAGAGACUCGUCGUUGCUGAUGGUCCUCGUCAGGUGAUCAAUGGUCUCACCCUCUAUGGUCUCAUCUUGGUCUCGGGCUAUAGUACGAAUGUGGAAGACUAUUACGGAGGCAACAUCAUUACGGGAAUCAUGUUACUCACCAUGAUCUUCACCCUAGUCGUCUUCACCGGUUCGGCCAUUCUGCUAGCCAUUGCAAGCAUCAUGUACCUACCCUUGCUAUGCUACAUGAAGGGCAACCUCAAGGAAUUCUGCUGUCACAAGAUUGACAAGCGUGUUACAGAGUUGAUCCAACUCAAGAAGAAGGAGAGGGUGGCCAAGCAAGCCGCAAUUGCCCGAGCUGAGGCAAAAGGAGACUUUUCCCAUCUGAUGAACAAGAAGGGAAUCAUCGUUGGACAAAAGAUGAUGCAGCCUACCUUGCCUAAUGUAGAUGUGGAU